AUGCGAACGUAUGUACCUUCCAAACCUAAUCCACUUGGCCUCAAAAAUUUUAUUUUAGCGUCAUCAGAUGGACUUGUCCUUGAUUUUGCUAUAUACACUGGCAAAGGAACAAUUCCUGACAGCGAUCAAAAAGAACAUGGCCUGGGAGCGGGUAUACUCAAACUACUGGCUAGAACUAUACGCAAUAAAUACAAUCAUGUAAUUUACAGUGACAGAUUUUUCACCAGUUCAAAAUCUGUUCAGCUUUUACUAGACAGGAAUAUAUUUCAGACAGGAACUGUGAUGGCCAAUAGAAUAAAGGAAGUAGCUUCUAAGUUCAAGAGAGAUCAGGAGCUGCAGCGGGGGCAAUGGGAUGAGUACGUAAGGGAGGACCAGGAAAUUUGUGCCCUCAAAUGGAAGGACAAUAAAUCCGUCACUUUGUUAUCCUCAUGCAUAGGGAGCGAACCAGAGGGUACCUGCAAACGAUGGUGUAAUACAGAUAAAGCAAAGGUUAGUGUCAAACAACCAGCCAUCAUCAAAAGCUAUAAUCGCAAUAUGGGUGGCAUUGAUCUUUGUGAUAGAUACAUGGCAUACUAUAGGUCAAACAUCAGAACAAAAAAGUGGACUGUCAGAGUAUUCAACCACUUCACUGAUUUAGCCAUAAUUAAUUCAUGGAUUAUGUACAAAAGGUGUUGUCAAAAAGAAGGGAUACCAAAACAAAAGUGGAUGUCUCUCAAACUUCAGAAUUCACUUGUCCCACGACUUGGUAAAGUCUUCAAAAAUUGUAGACUCACUGGAACUGUCGAAAGAAAUUUCUCCGAGUGUGACACAGGAGUAUGUCAGCAGUUCUGA